CACGGCGCGAGCAGGCGGGCGGGCUGCAGCGAGUGAGGGAAGGACGAACUCGCCCUCGUCCGCACCCGCUUUGGCCCUUCGUCCUCACCACCAUCACCCCUCCAUCCUCAAGACAAGAUGACCAAGGGUACUACCUCGUUCGGUCUCAGGCACACGAAGUCGCACACUAUCUGCCCCCGAUGUGGCAACAGGUCAGCUCACAAGCAGAAGGGCACCUGCGCUAGCUGCGGAUACCCCUCGGCCAAGACCCGCUCGUACAACUGGGGUCAGAAGGCAAAGCGCCGCCACACUACGGGCACUGGUCGCAUGCGUCAUCUUCGCACCGUCCCUCGCAAGGCCAAGAACGGCUUCCAGACCGGUGCUAAGAAGAGCAAGGUCGCCGCCAAGUCGGCGUAAGCUGGUUAGGGUCGCGAGAGGGAUAGGAGGAAUUGGGUGAAGGCGUAGAGACAUUGAGGAGCUCAACAGAGGGUGGGUAUUGCUAUGCACAUUUGAUGAGAUGCGGUGAAUUAGGUUGCGAGGGAUUAGCGUCGUCAGCGUAGACAGCGAGAUGCGGGGCGAUCAGUGUUGCAACACGGGCUAUACUCGGCG